GCGCGUGAGCCCCGUAGGGCCGGGGAGGCACCAGCUGCCGCGCGGGGAGGAGGCCGAGGCCGCAGCUUGAGGGAGGCCCCAGCCCCUCUGCGCCUGUGUCUGGCAGAGCCGGUGUGAGACCAAGAGACAAUCCUUCCCAGCCGCCGGGAUAAUCAAGAGUUUUGGCCGGAACUUUGAACACACACCGAGAUAGUGAGGAGCCAGACGAAAAGCACAGACUAUGGCGCUGAAACGGAUUAAUAAGGAACUUCGUGAUUUGGCCCGUGACCCUCCAGCACAAUGUUCUGCAGGUCCAGUUGGGGAUGAUAUGUUUCAUUGGCAAGCCACAAUUAUGGCACCUAAUGACAGCCCGUAUCAAGGCGGUGUAUUCUUUUUGACAAUUCAUUUUCCUACAGACUACCCCUUCAAACCACCUAAGGUUGCAUUUACAACAAGAAUUUAUCAUCCAAAUGUUAACAGUAAUGGCAGCAUUUGUCUCGAUAUUCUAAGAUCACAGUGGUUUCCUGCUUUAACUAUUUCUAAAGUUCUUUUAUCCAUUUGUUCACUGCUAUGUGAUCCAAACCCAGAUGACCCCCUAGUGCCAGAGAUUGCAUGGAUCUAUAAAACAGACAGAGAUAAGUACAACAGAAUAUCUCGGGAAUGGACUCAGAAGUAUGCCAUGUGAUGCUACCUUAAAGUCAGAAUAACCUGCAUUAUAGCUGGAAUAAACUUUAAAUUA